AUGGAUGAAGUAUCAGAAUCACGUAGACAAGUCGCAUACAUUGUCUCAGAGGAGCUCAUAAAGGUUUCUUCAUUACUACCAUCAAACCGUGGCAGGUCAAAGCUCGUACACCAGCUCGUUGUCGCCUGUGGACUGCUGAGAUCGCGUAAGAAUGCUUCCGGAGCUAUACCUGUGCGUCCAACGGUGGCAAAUAGAGAGGAUCUCGCGACAUUUCAUGAUGGAGACUAUCUCGACUACGUGCUAGAUCCAGCUCCGCGUCGCCAACCAGGCGGUCAAGCAAAGGAAUUUGGAAUAGAAGAUGAUUGUCCUUGGUUUGCAGGCCUUCAUCUCUACGUACCCUUGAUCGCUGGUUGCGCUCUCACUGCUGCUCAGCUACUAAUCGAGCAAAAGGCAGACGUUGCUCUAGCCUGGGACGGUGGACGGCAUCAUGCACAAAAGGGAGAGGCAUCUGGGUUCUGUUAUGUAGCAGAUAUCCCACUUGUACUGCUCCGCCUCAAGCGAGCUCAAGGACCUCGUCGCCCCCGAGUAAUGUAUCUCGAUCUCGAUCUUCACUUUGCAGACGGCGUUUCAAUCCCAUUCGCCAAACAACAGCAACCUUCUCGUAUCCUCACACUCUCCAUUCAUCAUGCGUCGCCUGGACACGGCAGACCCAUUCACCUCUCGAUUCCUCUUGCACGAGGUGCCUCGAACAAGACAUUUCACUCGAUAUGGGGUAGUAUUGAGAGGGUGAAAGAGGCGUUUCGACCAGACUUUGUUGUCGUGCAAUGUGGAGUUGAUGGCCUGAGCGGCGACCCUCUGGCAAUCUGGAACUGGGGGUUGAAUGCAGAAGAUGAGGGUAGUCUGGGCUGCUGGGAUCACCCUUUGCUCCCGAUCUACCUGUUCCUGAGCAUUCUUUAUGGCCUUAUUAUGCUCCAAGUUUUACUAUGGAGGUCGAAACUGGGAACAUGUCUGACCACAAUGACGGGGCAUACCUCUCCCAAGUGGACGACACUUUUAAACAACUGGCAACUCGAUUACAGGAUGUUUGUUCCUGAUAUUACGCGGCGGUCUACCUCGGCAGCCCAAUAA